AAUUUGUUAAGUCGUUCGUCUAUUUUUUACCGACCUCAAAAGUGGUGACGUACUUCACAAACGCAUGGCAAAAAUGGACAUCGAAGUAGUCGUUGGAUGUUACGAAGAGCUAUUGUUGGGGUUUCGAAUCGUUCAAGUAGGAGAGAAUUUCCAGUUAGAACCAAGCUUCACUGACCACUCUCACUCUGGCUGCAUAAAACACAUUGCGGUUUCAAACAAGGGAUUCUUGGCAUCAGGAGGCACAGAUGAAACCAUUCAGUUGUUUCAUCUUGGAAGGAGAACACAGUUAGGGUCUUUAGUACAUCAUUCAGGGUCUUUGACCUGUCUGCAAUUUUUCAAUAGUUCCCACUUGUUCAGUGCCAGUGAAGAUGGAACAUUUUGUAUAUGGAGCAGAGCAACAUGGGAGUGUUUGAAAACAUUCAGAGGACACAAGGGCCCAGUGCGGUGGUUGUCUCUCCAUCCCAGUGGAAAACUGGUGUUAACUGUUGGUCAAGACAAAACACUUCGGACUUGGAAUGUUAUUACAGGAAAGUCAGCCUACAUAACAAACAUUAAACGAGCGGCAGAUUUUGUUUGCUGGUCCCCUAGUGGUUCACAUUAUGCUGUUGUGUUCACCAACAAAGUGGAUGUGUACAAACUGGAGACUGCCACCAUAUGCUCAUCAUGGACAGCUGAGAAAAAAAUAAACUCCUUUACCUUUUUAAAUGACAGUAUUGUUGUCUAUGGUGGAGAUGGAGGGGUGGUGUUCUUCCAUGACAUCACCAAAGACAAAGAAAUUCAACAAGUGGAUACAGAAGUCAACAGGAUUAGAGGUAUAUCCAUCAUUAGAGCAGAAGAAACUGAAGAUAACAAGUUCUACAUGUUUACAUCCUCCAGUGAUGGGUUCAUCAAAAUGUUCUCAGUUAUUUUGGAGGGAGAUGAGGUAAAAGUAAAGUUGUUAACAAAGCACAAUGCAGAUUUCCGGUUGACCUGUAUGACAGCGGCCCGAAUUCCAGCAAGAGGCUCACCAAAAGGGUCAAAGGUUUUAAAGUCAGAGGUCACUGUGAAGACGGAGGAUGAACUAGAUGAUGACAGACUGUCAGAUGAGAAUACAGAAGAAGACAGUGAGGAAUGUGGAAGUAAAAGUAGUAAAAAGACAGUAAAAGCAGAAAUUAAAUUGAAGAAAAACAUGAAAAAUAAACCUGUCAAGCGAUGCGGAACUAAACCAAUUCAGAAAAAGAAAGGGAAAAAGAUAAAGGUGGAAGAUACCUAAUUCUGUACCAUGAUGAAUAAAUGUUUUAUUUAAA